AGAGAGAGAGAAGGGAUAUCAGCUUAUUAGCAACAAGGAGAGGCCAGAAUUGCUCUCAAAUCCUGAAAAAGGUUAAAAACUUGAUGACCCUUAUCCUAUCUUCUUCAGGACAAUUCACAAUAUAACAUGCUCUUCUCAGCAACAUAAUUUUUCUUUGUUCUCAUUUCUCAACCCAUAUAAAGUCUUCCUCUCAUUCAUCAUCAUUCACUCAGUCACUGUUUUCUUCUUUUUCAGCACCUCACUCAGCAAUUCAUAUUGUGUCCAAAGGGGGUGAAAAUGGCCCCAAAAUCAGGGAAAGGGAAAUCAAAUAAAGCUAAGGCAGAGAAGAAGAAAAAAGAUGAGAAAGUUGCACCUUCUCUUGUUGACAUCACUGUGGUCACUCCUAAUGAUACCCAGCUUGUAUUGAAGGGUAUCUCUACUGAUAAGAUACUUGAUGUAAGGAGGUUGUUGGCUGUAAAGACAGAGACAUGCCAUUUCACAAAUUAUUCUUUAUCUCACGAGGUUAAAGGGCAGAGAUUAAAUGACAGAGUGGAAGUUGUUACCCUAAAGCCAUGUCUUGUAACAAUGGUUGAAGAGGAUUACACAGAGGAAACCGAUGCAAUUGCACACGUGCGAAGGCUCUUGGACAUUGUGGCCUGCACAACCAGGUCCGCAAAGCCCAAACGAAGCCCGUCAAACGCAGACUCAAAGCCUAAGAAAAACGGAAAAGCCCACAAGACCAUUACGAGCCCACCCGCAACACCCAAUGGAGAAUCCCGGGUCGGGUCACCGUCGUCGGAACCGCCGGCAUCGCCGAUCUCGGACAACGUCGGCAUGGUGGCCAUUCACCCAACGCCGAAGCUCUCAGAUUUCUACGAAUUCUUCUCGUUCUCUCAUGUCUCUCCCCCGAUUUUACAUUUGAAGAGAUGUGAACUGAAGGAGGAAGAUGAUAGACGCAAAGGAGAUUAUUUUCAGCUUCAGGUGAAAAUCUGCAAUGGGAAGGUAGUGGAAGUGGUUGCUUCAGAGAAAGGGUUUUACAGUGUGGGAAAGUUGUCUCUGCAGAGCCGCACUUUGGUUGAUCUUCUGCAACAGCUCAGCAGAGGUUUUGCUAAUGCAUAUGGAUUGUUGAUGAAAGCUUUCUUGGAACGUAAUAAGUUUGGCAAUCUUCCAUAUGGAUUCCGAUCAAACACAUGGCUUGUCCCUCCAUCUGUUGCUGAGUCUCCUUCAACCUUUCCAGCUCUACCUGCUGAAGAUGAAAACUGGGGUGGUAAUGGUGGUGGCCAAGGAAGAAAUGGUGAAUACAAUCUGAGACCAUGGGCAACAGAUUUUGCAAUAUUGGCUUCUCUUCCUUGCAAAACUGAGGAGGAGAGGGUGGUCAGAGAUAGAAAAGCUUUUUUGCUUCACAGUCAGUUUGUUGAUACCUCUAUUUUUAAGGCGGUUGCGGCCAUACAGCAUGUCUUGGACUCCAGGCCAAAUAUGAAGGAUGAAAUGAAUUCUUCUCCGGGUUCAAUUCUGCAUGAAGAUCAAGUUGGGGACUUAUUGGUCUUGGUCAAGCGCGAUAUCCGAGGUGGAACUAAAAAGUUUGAAUCUUCACAGAAGGAAUCCAGUACACAUAAGGAGAAUGCUAAGAAAAAUUUAAUUAAAGGGUUGACUGCAGAUGAAAGUGUCGUCGUUAAUGAUACUUCUUCUUUGGCUGUGGUUGUUGUACACCAUUGUGGAUACACAGCAACAAUAAAGGUUGUGGGCAAUGCGAACGUGAGGAUGCUUCAAGAUAUUGAAAUAGAUGACCAGCCAGAUGGAGGAGCAAAUGCUCUUAACAUCAACAGUUUGAGGCUACUGCUUCACAAGUCUGGAACUGAGUCAUCAGAAGGGACUUCAUCGUCGCUAUCAAAUUUGGAUGACUUAGAUUCUUCCAACUAUCUUGUUCAUAAGGUUGUUCAAGAAUGCAUGGAGAAGAUAAAGGAGGAGCCUAGUGUUUCAAAAAGCUCUAUUCGAUGGGAACUUGGUUCUUGUUGGGUGCAGCAUCUUCAAAAACAGGAAAACUCUACAGAUAACAAUUCUGAAAACAAAGAAGAUAGCAAAGAAGUUGAAGCUGUUAAAGGUCUUGGAAAGCAAUUUAAACUUUUGAAAAGGAGAGAAAAGAAACCAAGUAGUUUGGAUGGUCCAGAUUCUAUGGAGGAAAAUGAUUCUACACCUGGAAAUGUGAAUGUAGGUGCUGAUAAAGUUGAGCCAAACAAAGAUGAGUCAAGUAGCUCUAAUGAAUUGGAGAAGCUACUUUCUAAAGAUGCAUUUUCACGUCUCAAGGAAUCUGGAACUGGUCUUCAUAUGAAGUCAGUAGAUGAGCUUAUCAACAUGGCACACAAGUUUUAUGAUGAAAUUGCCUUGCCGAAGCUGGCUACGGACUUUGGAUCACUUGAACUUUCUCCUGUGGACGGUCGCACACUUACUGACUUUAUGCAUUUAAGAGGUUUACAGAUGCGAUCUUUGGGUGAAGUGGUUAAACUUGCAGAGAAUCUUCCACACAUACAAUCCCUUUGUAUUCAUGAGAUGAUUACUCGUGCUUUCAAGCAUCUUCUUAAAGCAAUUAUCGCAUCUGUUGACAAUAAAGCAAACUUACCUUCAGUCAUUGCAUCGGCUCUGAAUUUUGCACUUGGAGGGUGUCCAGUGGAAGAUACCGACCAAACUUUGGGUGGUGAUCAUCAUCUUAAAAUUCAGUGGUUACGUAUAUUUUUGUCCAAAAGAUUUGGAUGGACAUUGAAUGAUGAAUUUAAACACUUGAGAAAGUUAUCAAUUCUCAGAGGGCUCUGUCACAAGGUUGGAUUGGAAUUGGUCCCAAGAGAUUAUGACAUGGAAUCCCCCAAGCCUUUUGGAAAAUAUGAUAUUAUCAGUCUGGUUCCCGUUUGCAAGCAUGUAGGGUGCUCCUCUGUAGAUGGACGCAAUUUAUUGGAAUCUUCCAAAAUUGCUCUAGAUAAAGGAAAGCUUGAGGAUGCUGUAAACUAUGGAACAAAAGCAUUAGCAAAGAUGAUGGCUGUUUGUGGUCCUUAUCAUCGAAAUACUGCAAGUGCAUAUAGUCUUCUAGCUGUGGUUCUCUACCACACAGGAGAUUUCAACCAGGCCACCAUUUAUCAACAAAAGGCCUUGGAUAUAAAUGAGAGGGAGCUUGGGCUUGACCAUCCUGAUACAAUGAAAAGCUACGGGGAUCUUUCUGUUUUCUACUAUCGCCUGCAACACAUUGAGCUGGCUCUGAAGUACGUUAAUCGUGCUCUAUUCCUCCUUCAUUUUACGUGUGGGCUGUCACAUCCAAAUACAGCUGCAACAUAUAUAAAUGUGGCUAUGAUGGAAGAGGGCAUAGGAAAUGUCAAUGUGGCCCUUAGGUACUUGCAUGAAGCUCUUAAAUGCAACAAAAGAUUGUUAGGAGCUGAUCAUAUACAGACUGCUGCAAGCUAUCAUGCUAUAGCUAUAGCUCUUUCCUUGAUGGAAGCAUAUUCUCUGAGUGUGCAACAUGAGCAAACUACAUUAAAGAUACUUCAAUCAAAGCUUGGGUCAGAAGAUCUUCGUACACAGGAUGCUGCUGCAUGGCUUGAAUAUUUUGAAUCAAAAGCCUUGGAGCAGCAAGAAGCAGCUAAAAAUGGAACUCCAAAGGCAGAUACAUCUAUCGCAAGUAAAGGUCACCUUAGUGUGUCAGAUCUCCUGGAUUUUAUAAGUCCUGACAGCGUGUCAAAAGCCAAUGAUUCUCAGAAGAAAAGGCGUGCAAAGAUAGUUCCAGUAAGUGAUAACAACUGUGAAGAACAUGUUGAUACAGUAGCUGAUGAGGACAUUCUUUUUGAUAAUUCAAAUGAUGCUAAAACUACGGGAGAAGGGAAUAUAGAAGAAAAAAAUGGCACACGUGAUUCAGAAGAACUUAAAGAAAAUGGUGAUCUCACAAGGUACACACCGGUGACAAGUGAAGUUGUUUAUGAGACAUCAUCAGAUGAAGGUUGGAAAGAAGCCAGUUCAAAAGGACGUUCAGCAAAUGCUGCGAACCGCAAGUUUGCACGCAGACAACGACCUCAUCUAUCAAAGCUCAGCAUCAACGGUUCUGAUAGGGGAAUCAGUUAUAGGAAUGACAUUGCUUCACCGCUGGAAAAAGGAGCUCCAAAAGUUAUUGCAGGCAUGUCAUCUCCGUCUAGACAAUCAAAAGCUCGAAACCUAUCUUUGAAGGAGGACUCUGUUAAUAAACAGACAAAAGCUCUUCUGUCCAAAAAUUCCUCGGCUCCAGCUUCUGUAAGUCCUUUGGCUUCAAAGUCUGUAUCUUACAAAGAAGUGGCUGUGGCACCGCCAGGAACAGUCUUAAAGCCAUUGUUGGAAAAAGGUGAGAUAGAGAGGGUAAGUGCUGAAAAUGAGAUAUGCAGCAGUUCAUCUGUGAUGCCAUUAAAUGAAGGCUCCAGCCAAAGUUCCAUCAUUAAUCCAGUUUCCCAGGAAGACAAAUCAGAGGGAACUUGUGAAAUUGAAUCUCAACAAGAAAAUUCUGAACCGGAGCUUGAGACAGUUUCCCUUGCAUCUGAUAAGGCAAAACUGGCUGAAGCAAAUUGUAGUAAGCUUUCAGCUGCUGCCAAACCGUUCAAUCCCGGAACACUGUCCUUGUCGCACCAGUUAAAUUCAGCAUCCUUCACAACCAUUUAUGACGCAAAUGUUAGCCAAGCCGUGCUUGUGGAGCCUGUGCUCCCCCCUGCAGCUGCCAGGGUUCCUUGUGGGCCUAGAUCACCUCUAUAUUACAGAACCAACUACGCUUUCCGCAUGAAACAUGGUUCUACAAAAUUCCAUACUGUCAGGGAAAGAAGUGGAUUUGGGGCUCCAAGAAUUAUGAAUCCUCAUGCACCUGAAUUUGUUCCUAGAGGUGCGUCUCAAACAGAGACUGGUGAUUCUGAAAAAAAUAAGCUAGAUGAUAGUUCUCCAAAAAAGAGCAUAUCUGAAUCUGAGAAGUCAGAGAUAGCAAGGCAAAUAUUGCUCAGUUUUCUAGUAAAAUCUGUUCACCAAAAUAUUGAUUCAACGGACGAAUCUAAAGUUGGUGAUAGAAAAAUUGAGAAUUUGGGAAAUUCUUCUGAUGACAUAGCAAAAGACAGCGCUGUCAUAAAAAUUAAGUAUGGUAAUGAGGAAAAAAACAAGACAGUUACUCAUUCACGUGAAAGUGAGGAGCAAGAAAAAUUAGAUGUAACUGGGAAAAAGGAUGGAGAUAGUGAAGGGUUUGUAGUUGUCACAAACAAGAAAAAAAACAGGCAGAAGAUCACAAAUGGAGUCUCAGAAUUGUACAACCAGCAGUCCAUCUGUGCUUCGGUUCGAUGAACACAAUCACAUUGCUCCAAUGUUGUUUGUCCAUAUGAGACUGUCUGGCCAAGACUCUUGACAUCAUAUUGUUAAUAGUAUAUAAUGCCAUGCCAUAGAAUUUUGGUCGUUGAGUUCAUUUUGUUUAUUCUUCAUAAAGUAAGUUUUGUCCUGAUAUUUAGAAAUUUUGUUUUAUCAAUAAAAAUCUGAUUAGCAA